UCGUGAGCCGAUGACAUCACAAUACGACUACCGCUCCAUCGUACCAGUGCUAGCUCGUUUUUCUCUCUAUACCUUUCGAGACAAUCUUUUGUCCUUUACCCGAAAUCGGACAUCAAACUCUGCCAUUUACAUUGCCUCAUUGUCAUAUUUCCAUCUCUGUUCUUGUUAUAUGUGUGCAUUCUACCGUUAUUAACUCUUUCAAAAAGAGGAUUUGAUCUUGUUAUCGCCAUCCUCCUUCUACUCAUUUUUUGCCCAUCUAAGGAGCAAAUCAUCUCGCCUCUUCAUCUUCAUCAUCUCACAUAUUUUGCCCAAAUCGAAUCAUCAUGCGUGAAUGUAUCUCAGUCCACGUCGGCCAAGCCGGAGUCCAGAUCGGUAAUGCCUGCUGGGAGCUGUACUGCCUCGAGCACGGGAUCCAACCCGAUGGCAAUAUGCCCAGCGACAGCACACUUGGAGGUGGUGACGACUCCUUCAACACCUUCUUCAGUGAGACUGGAGCUGGCAAGCACGUCCCCCGUGCCGUCUUCGUCGAUCUUGAGCCAACCGUAGUCGAUGAAGUCCGCACUGGCGUAUACCGUCAACUCUUCCACCCUGAGCAGCUGAUCACCGGCAAGGAGGAUGCUGCCAACAACUACGCCCGUGGCCACUACACCGUCGGAAAGGAGCUGGUUGACCAAGUCUUGGACAAGAUCAGGAAGCUGGCGGAUCAAUGCACAGGCCUUCAAGGAUUCCUGGUAUUCCACAGCUUCGGUGGUGGAACUGGCUCUGGAUUCACCUCUCUGCUGAUGGAGCGUCUCUCCGUUGAUUACGGAAAGAAGUCCAAGCUUGAGUUCUCCAUAUACCCGGCUCCUCAGGUUUCCACUGCCGUCGUCGAGCCCUACAACUCAAUCCUGACAACCCACACUACCCUUGAACAUUCCGAUUGUGCUUUCAUGGUCGACAACGAGGCUAUCUAUGAUAUCUGUCGUCGCAACCUCGACAUCGAACGCCCCACCUACACUAACCUUAACAGGUUGAUUAGUCAGAUCGUUUCCUCCAUCACCGCUUCUCUGCGAUUCGACGGCGCCCUCAACGUUGACCUUACUGAGUUCCAGACCAACUUGGUGCCCUAUCCACGUAUUCAUUUCCCUCUUGCCACCUACGCACCAGUCAUCUCUGCUGAGAAGGCCUACCACGAACAACUGACAGUUGCUGAGAUCACUAACUCCUGCUUCGAGCCCGCCAACCAGAUGGUGAAGUGUGAUCCCCGUCAUGGCAAAUACAUGGCCUGUUGUCUUCUAUUCCGCGGCGAUGUCGUCCCUAAAGACGUUAAUGCUGCCAUUGCCACUAUCAAGACCAAACGCUCCAUACAGUUCGUCGACUGGUGUCCGACUGGCUUCAAGGUCGGUAUCAACUACCAGCCACCGACCGUCGUACCUGGUGGCGACCUUGCCAAGGUGCAGCGUGCCGUCUGCAUGUUGAGCAACACCACCGCUAUCGCCGAGGCCUGGGCCCGUCUCGACCACAAGUUCGAUCUGAUGUACGCCAAGCGUGCUUUCGUCCAUUGGUACGUCGGAGAGGGUAUGGAGGAAGGGGAAUUUGCCGAAGCUCGUGAAGAUUUGGCAGCCCUCGAGAAAGACUACGAGGAAGUCGGAGUCGAUUCCAAUGAUGGCGAAGAGGAAGAAGCUGAAAUCGAAGAGUAUUAAAAAGUAUACUAUAUGUCGCAUUCUUGAAUCAUAUUUCUUCUUGCCGAUAUGUAUCAUUGCUUCGGAAUAUGUGUUCUUUGUGGCAGCAUUGUCAUUGCCUUUUAUUUGCUCGGAUCCCAACGUGUUGCUAUUCAGCUCCAGGUCGAUUGAACAAUGAUGAUUCAGUAGUAGGGCAAGUGAUCAUGAUGUUGUUAGUCUUCUCAUAACUUAAGAUUGAAAGAUAUUUUUCAAAAACCCUAGAGAUUCAAGACAAUGAUCAAGAAUAUACACGUAGAACCACCAUCAAUGAAUAAAUUCCGGCCCCAGGUCUUACAAAGAGUUGCGAUUGAUUCGACCUGAUAGGUCCAUGAUUCGAUCAACCGCAACUGCGUUAAACCGCGCAGCUUACUAGUAGCCACAAAAUGUAUAUGUCUUGACAAAUUAGCGUGCUUGACAUUGAUCGACUUCAAUAGUUGAGACUGAUUGGAUAAAUCACAACUUUCUGUGAGACGGGGUCUAGGAAUAUUCGAACAGUCGAAAGGUGAAACAAAGAUUCAAGGCGAGUCGUGGUCUGUCUAAAAGCCGUGAUUCUAGUCCAGGCCUGAGUCAAGGCCCACCUAGGACCCGUUUCAUGUAACUUGUUAUACUACCAAAUUUGCAAUAACAGUUUAAAAGCUACUGAAAUCCUUUAAUCUGAUUGGCUGAUGGUAGGUUUGUUAUAGAAACUGUGCAU